UCCUUGCCGCCUGGGGGGAGGAGGCUGUCGCCGGGGUCAAUGCGGCAGCGGCUGCGAGGGAGGCGUAGGCGGGAGGCCCCGAUGCCGGUGCGAUCGAGGAGGACCACGGUACCGAACCGGGUCACGGCAGUGUGCAUGGAAGCGAUUCCCGCGUCCUCCAGCACCACCUCCCAAGUGCCCGGGAGCUGCUGCGCACGUAACGACCGGCACGCGCACGUAAAGAGAAGGCCAACGAGGAAGAAGAGGCCGGGGAUUCCUCCGGACUUGAUCGAAGCGAAAGCAGAGGCCACUGCCAUGGUCGCAGGGAUGAGAAUUUGGGACCCGUACCUCUGACAGACGAAGGUGAUAUCCUCAGUCAGAAGUGGGAGUGUUUUCGUGGUUCCGGGGUCCACCGUCGAGCUCCGGGUACACGCGGACGACGUCGCCCGAGUCGACGUCGUACAGGAUGGAGCGGGCGUUAGCAAAGACGAAGAGGCGGCCGUCGGGGAGGAGGUGGACGAAGGGAUAUAGGUUGUCCAUCUGGGCGUCCUCGGCUGUGGCGAGGAAGGGGAAAUUGCGGAGGGGGCGGGACGGCGGGUAGAACUCGGCAGAGGGGGCGGCGCGGCCGCCGACGAUGACGACAGAGCCGUCGGGUAAGAUCUGGUUGGUGGCGUACCAUCGACCUCAGCUUUCCGCCUCCCGAGACACACCUGCGCGGUCACCCCGCCUGCGUUGUGCUUCUCGGCCCUCGGCUUCUUCCUCCCGAGACACACCUGCGCGGUCACCCCGCCUGCGUUGCGCUCCUCGGCCCUUAGCUUUCCGCCUCCCGAGACACACCUACGCGGUCACCCCGCCUGCGUUGUGCUUCUCGGCCCUCAGCUUCUACGUCCCGAGACACACAUGCGCGGUCACCCCGCCUGCGUUGCGCUCCUCGGCCCUCAGCUUCUGCCUCCCGAGACACACCUGCGCGGUCACCCCGCCUGUGUUGUGCUCCUCGGCCCUCAGCUUUCCGCCUCCCGAGACACACCUGCGCGGUCACCCCACCUGCGUUGUGCUCCUCGGCCCUCGGCUUCUGCCUCCCGAGACACACCUGUGCGGUCACCCCGCCUGCGUUGUGCUCCUCGGCCCUCGGCUUCUGCCUCCCGAGACACACCUGCGCGGUCACCCCGCCUGUGUUGUGCUCCUCAGCCCUCGGCUUCUGCCUCUCGAGACACACCUGUGCGGUCACCCCGCCUGCGUUGUGCUCCUCGGCCCUCGGCUUCUGCCUCCCGAGACACACCUGCGCGGUCACCCCGCCUGCGUUGUGCUCCUCGGCCCUCGGCUUCUGCGUCCCGAGACACACCUGCGCGGUCACCCGGCCUGUGUUGUGCUCCUCAGCCCUCGGCUUCUGCCUCCCGAGACACACCUGCGCGGUCACCCCGCCUGCGUUGCGCACCUCGACCCUCGACUGCUCCAUUACCCCCGAGUCCAAUCCUCCUCAGCCUCCCGACUAAAUCACACGUCUCGGCCUAGUGCUGCCCGAGAUGCAUUCACGCGGUCGACCCGUCUACGGCGCGCCCCUCAGGCCCGCCUGAACAGCUCGCUUGAAGCAGAAAGCCAUGCAUCGGACUCCCUACCUGCAAAACCGACGCAUAGCUCCUUUCGGGUGGUGCAUAUGAUAGGGGUAAAAAAACUGAUUUGACAUAACACCCCGGAUUUGACGUAAUGCACCCCCACGCCGGACACCCUGUGUGGCACCUGGUUCCUGAACGAGCAUUAACGACGACAUGACGCACACCUACACCCACCAUACCCAAGCAACCUCCUCGGCUGACCCCCCGUGGCCGGUCAAGGCAAGGGAAGGCGCUGACUGACACCCCCCAUACCCUGCGGCAGCUCGGCCUUCCACGUAACUUCCACAACGACAGACGCCAUCAGAGGUACGGCCCCGCCCCGGUAGGGUGGCACGUCAGGUAACAUCAAACCCACUUAUAAAUACCCCCUGACUCCCAACAGGAAGGGGGGGGGACAAUCUCACUAAAAUACUCAUUUCUGCUUCAUUGACUUAAUUGUCGGAGGGGCCGGGCCGAGCAACCGACCCGACCUGUGUGCAGGUACUCGACCGCCACUUAAUCCACCCGACGCCACGGAGCUUUCCGGCCAGCGGCCUCCGUGGCAGCCACCGCAACCACCCAAGAGGAGCCACAUCUGAUCCCAGUCAUUUGGAGCCCUGAACUAGCCACGUCGACCCCAAGGUCACGGCUGAAAAAGUUACUUACCGUAACAACAGCUAUUAUAACUUAUCGAUCGCUUUUUGCCUUUCCAUCAUUUGGUAGAGAAAAAAACAUGAUAUGCAUGGAGACGAUUUGGAACUCACUUGAUUGGCAGCUCGGCCAUGAUCGACGAUAAGUCGAAAAGAGAUCCAUUAAAAUCUGACAGUGGUGGUCAGCUAGGAGACAAGGAGAUGACAUCAUCUGAGAGCAUCGAAUGAUCAGAAAGAAUCACCACAGAAAGAAGACGAUUCACACAUUUACACCCAGUGAUCUUUCACCCAUGCUUGUUAGUUUGUGAAUGUAGAAACAAAGUUUAUGGAAGUCUGGAAGAGAUGAGGCACUGAAGGUUACUUGGAUCCUCACACACGGGCCAUGAAGUCACUUGCGGGACUCUUGCUAUCCUCCAAUCACAUGGCAGGUGGGUGAGCGGGUGACGUAAGAGGACGUAUCUCUUCUGCAUUUGGGCUGGUCUGGCGGAAGGACCGAUCUAGUUGAGGGCCAAACCCGAGCCUAAUAUGAUCCAACCGGGUUCGAUCUGAUUCAAGAAAACGGGGGGCCCCGUCGGGUGAUCAAAAGCGUCACGUGCCACCCGAUCAGAAGAUCCAACCGUCAGAAUCGAUUUCCCGUUUCAACCAGAAUCCUUUUGUGCAUGAUGGUGAUCGGCGUCGUGCGAUCCUAAACGUCCGGUACUGUGUAAUCGUGUGAUCCGACGGUUGACAUCGUUUUGUCACUUCAAUCGCUAGAAUCGGGAAAAGGAGGGGGGAAGUUGAGGAUCGGUGAUGCCUUCUCCCUGAUUCGAGGACGGGGAGAGGGAGGAGAGAGAGAGAGAGAGAGAGAGAGAGAGAGACGUUGCGGACUCGAGGAUGUCUACGCCCGCUGAGUAAACCUCGAAUCUACUCGAUAUAUCUUCGUCAAACCCUAACUUAUUUUGGUAUAAUGUAUAGAUUUAAGAUAAUGUUAGUGGUCGAUUACGAUUUAAAUCGCCUACUACUUGAUUUUUGUCAUUCUUUAUGAUUGUAUUGUUUUUUGUUUUGGUUUGUGAGUUGAAUUGAUAUGUUCGGUCGCUGUAUUGCGUACGAAAUUAGUGGGAUUUCGUAAUUGAGCUACUGCUUAUAUAUUUUAUUUUCGUGAA